AUGUGACCGGGCAUUUUAAAGGGAAUGUGGGGAGCAGGUGCCCAAAUGGAGUCAAGGAAGUGAAAAAUUACAGAAAGCAGCAAGAGGGUUGGGUAGCAUGAAUGUGAUGAGCUGACUCUGCUACGAGCUGGCAGGUUGGGGCUGGCGGGGAUGGGCUCCUGCUCCCCUUCCCCAGCCCCAGACGGGGAGACAGGCCUGUUUUCCUGAUGAUUAUGUUCCAAAGGGUUGCUCUCGGUCCUUGAGAAGGACGUCUCAGAGCUGUAGGAGGUGCAGGCAUGUGUGUCUCCAAGGGACUGAGGAAGGAUUCACAAUUGUUAGCUCGGAUUUUCCGAAGUAACUGUGCUAGGAAGGGGAGGCAGGGCAGGGGCCGGUUGUCAGGUGUGGUAGAACCAAGGGCAAAUCCUCCUGACAGCCCUGAGCUUUUUCUGACAGGAACUCUGGGGGUGCUGUAGCUCAGGCUUCAGGAAGUCCUGCUGUGGCGGGUGGUGUCUCAGUGCAGGGGGGUAGGACAGAGCCCUUGUGUGCUGAGAGCUCUUCUGUGGUUCUCAGCAGCCAACAGUGAGAGACUCACGUGAUUGUGAAGCCAGGCUUCUCAGGGCAGCCCCUAUGACGGCGCACAUCACGUAGAAGGUUCUAAAUCAGCACUGGCCGAAUGAGCGAUUCCAAAGAGCAGCGAUUCCAAAGAGCAGCGAUUCCAAAGAGCAGCGAUUCCAAAGAGCAGCGAUUCCAAAGAGCAGCGAUUCCAAACACCUCUGUUUGCAGGAAGAUGGAGCUGACGCAUUUUCUUUGAUCCUUUUGUUAAGUAUAAGGAAGAGCCCUGGGCAUUAUCUAUGGAAUAAGCAUAGUGAGCCUCUGCGGGAUGGAGGCCAGGGGCCUCGGAACAGCGUGGCGGGGAGCUGCCCAGGUUUCCUGGUCUGCCUCUUCCAUCCCAGACUUGGAGCUAAGGAAGCACAUCCCCAAAAUGCUGACGCUCCCCAGCAAAGGACUAGGGAAACAGCAGCUGGGAGACAGAAAAUGUAGUUAAUGCCAAUAAUGGAAAGAAGAACGUGAUGGAUAUAAGGUCAGCAGCAGAAUGGAGGCGACAGGAGCGCGUUCAUGAACUCAGAGAUGGACCAGUAGGAACUGCCCAUCUGCCCAUUCUGAACAGCAGACAGAAUACGAUGGAAUAAAAUGAGCAAAGUUCCCGGCACCAAUGGGACCUGGGAAUACGAUGGAAUAAAAGGAACAAAGUCCCCGGUGCCAGUGGGGCCACAGCACAAGAUCCAGCAUUCUAGUCGUGGGGAUCUGAGAGGGUCUGGAGGAGCUGAGAUGGAGCCGCAGAGGCAGCAGGCAGCGUCUUCGAGACUAAUCCAGUCUCUUCACUGUUCUGAAGAGCCCAAACUCACAACUGCGUGGAUUGUCCUCCUCAGACGAGACACUUCAUCCAGAGAGGACUCUCAGCCAACCCUAAGGGAUUCGGGCUGGAGCUCUGCUUCUCUGCAGGGAGGUGGCGCAGGAACUCAUCGUCCUCUCCUGUCCCGACUUGUCAGCGCUCCUGCCUGGGAGCCUGGACCCCGGCUCACAUUUCUCAGCAUGUCCUUGGGCUGUGUGUGGUCUGUGUGUCCCUGGGGUUGUCUGUGGGGUCAUGUGGCCCCGCUGGGCUGCCUGGUUGGUUUCCUGUUUUCUCCCACAUCGUGUCUGGCGUUUCUUCACUCAGAAAUGAGGCAUCUGUUGUUGGCUUUCCUGUGGAGUUUGUGUCCCUCCCUGAGCUCCCGGCUCUGUGGGGCCAGCCCCAGUGUGGACUUGUGGCCCCCUGUGCUGCUGGGCCUCAGGUUUGGGUCUGCAGAGUAGAUGGGUGUGAGUUCUGUGACCACUGGACUCUGAAAACAUGCAGCCCUCUUUGACUAUAACACUGGACAUGUGCAAAGCUUGGGGACUGAUCAAAAAGUAUAAAGAGGCCAUUGAAAAAGACCUGACUCCUGCACCCAGAGGUAGCACCAAGAACAUGGCGUGCAUUUCAUCUCCACGUCUCCCUUCUCCUCUCCUUUCCUCCCCUGUUCAUUCAUUCAGCCAAUCUAUCAGCCAACCAGUAAGCACUCACGGACACCCACGUGUGCAGGUGCCAUGGGGGCAGCCGAGUGUGGGGACUGCUGUGGCAGAGCUGGCAGCCUUGUAUGCUUCCUGCACUUGUCACAUUUUAUUGCAGCCAGUGCCUGUGCCAUUAAACAUUCCUUGAAAAUAAAAUCUUUUUUGGCUGUACAAUGUUUCUUUGUAUAGACAUACCAGAAGUAAACUCUUGGCCGGGCGCGGUGCCUCACACCUGUAAUCCUAGCACUUUGGGAGGCUGAGGCGGGUGGAUUGCCUGAGCUCAGGAGUUCGGACCGGCCUGGGCAACACGAUGAA